AUGUUUUCGGAAUACGCAUCGAAGUUCUUAUCCCAGUCCCAGUCGCGCCUCUCCAACUUCGGUCAAGCUGAUAACGACAGUGCCCCCUCUCGAUAUGCCCCCGACCGCUCUUCUCGACCGACCCGAAACUUAGGCCGCUCCUAUUUUGGCAGGACUUACGGAAAUCCAUACCAGCAACAGGGCAGUAACUCCCGGUUCGGUCAUGCAUUCCGGUCAGGUAUAUCGGCUGCUCAGGAUGCCCCCUUAUUCGCCAGCACGAGGGACGAGUUUCGCGAGGAGGACGAAGAGGAGGAGCGCGAUAGGGAGGCGGCCGAUCUACUCGCCCUUCAGCAAUCUCGCGCAGUGGCUGCAGGCAAACUAGAGGAGAGUAUAGGGUCGGAAAACGAGGCCAGUAAUGCGUCUCUCGACCGCAGCGCUGACGGGCCCUCGGAAUACCAAACGCAACGAUUCAGGCGGGGAAUACGGAGCAGCUGGAACGGCGGCGGACAGAGCAGUCAUGCGCAGUCGUCCAGGGCAGCAGGGAAAAAUAGGUUCUCUUCGAAUCAACCGAUACCCAAGAUUACACACGAAGACGCCGACUCGGACGAUACAGGCGAUAGUGCUAAGGGCAGGCUUGUCGAUGUUGGCUUGGAAUCUCAGAUUGAGGAUGACGACCCACCAGCGUCGCUUAUUGGGGACACGCUCGACGACGUUGCUGGUAGCCCGCCACCCUUCCAACAGUUCCGUGACCGCCCAGAUCGGAAAUUUACCCUUCGCAGGGAUUCUACCAUAGAGAGCGAUCUUGGCGAAUCGAGGCGGAGCGUAGAGGACGACGGUAACGAAGCGGUCACGGUUACCACUACAGAAGGAGAACUGUUUCGAUACGAUCCUUUUUUCGCCUGGGCUUAUUUGAUUUUGCUCGCGAGCUUAAUCUCCACGUACGUCCUUGUUUGGCUGCAUACCGAAGCCCCUGACAGGAAACGACCCAUCGGCGACACCAUCUACUCGACCUUGCACGGUUCUUUCUACAUGUUGGCCGUCGACACGUUAGUGGCGGUAAUGGUGGCACUGCUAUGGCUCGCAGCGCUGAGAUCCUUUGUCCGACCACUCGUAUCCCUCAUCCUCGUCGCCGUGCCUGUAAUCAUGUUCUCCUUCUUCCUUUAUCCUUUCAUCUCUAGUUACAAGGGGACGACGCACGGAGCAAGCUUCCAGGACCGGGUGAUGCGAUGGGCCGCAAUUGUACCGUUAGCAGGAGCCGUGAUAUGGGUCUACUGCGUGAUCAAAGGGCGACACUCCAUCCGGCAAGCGGUCGACAUACUAGAAUUUUCGAGCCGCAUCUUGGGCGCGAACUCUGCGCUGGUGCUCGUCGGUCUAGCGUCACUCUUCACCGUCGUCGCGUUCACAUGGAUGUGGCUCGGCAUGUUCUCCCGGGUGUUCCUGGGCGGGUACAUGUCGAAGAGCCUAGCGAGGUACGUCAUCAGCGUGUCGAGCUGGUGGCUAGGGGCGUGGUUCGUGUUUAUGUACAUGUGGACGAUAUCCGUCGUCACCGAAGUCCACAGGGCAACGACGGCGGCGACAGUAUCGCAAUGGUACUUCCACCGCAACGCGGUCCCGGCCCCGACGUCGCAAGAAAUCGUCACGGCGGCGCUCAACCAUGCGCUCACCACCAUCUUCGGCAGCAUCUGCCAAUCCACGCUCCUCGCGCGCCUAGUUAGACUACCGCUCCUCAUCCUCCCCUCCCGCAUCUCGUACAUUGCUCAGCGCAUCGCCAACAGCUUUGUCCCGACGCCGGUGGUGGCCCUCACGAACCCCCUCACGAUUACUUACUGCGCCAUCCACUCUCAGAACCUGGCGGCCGCGGCCCGGGGUCUGAGCCAGAUGGACUUUUUGUCGCCCCAGACGCCGACGGCGACGCUUACGCCGCGCGUGUUCGCGUCGCGCGAGGGCACGUCCAACGGGCUUGUGCCGUAUCGGCUUGCUAAGAUGGUGCUUUAUGCGAGCCGGUUCAUUCUCGCGACGGCCAUGGGUUUCGCGGGUUGGGUGCUGACGGCUAAGAAGCUUGAGGUUACCUUGCCCGAUGGCAUGGGUAUCCGGGGAUCGGCAUACGCGUAUGUGGUCGGUAUAGUGGCCAGUUUCAUCGGUUACUCGGUCAUGGGCUCGAUGGAGAGUAUUCUCAGCGGUAUCGUUGAUGCGGUGGUGAUUUGCUAUGGUAGCGAGAGGCGGAUGGCGAGUGGAGGGGGUACGUAUUGCAUGGAGGCGGCAUAUCUGUUUGGUGAGAAGCGGAGGCGGAACCACUCAGAUGACUACGUUUAG